AGGAGUAAAAUAUUUGCAUGGGUAACAAGGCUGGGAUGAGGGAGAGAGAGAAAGGGGGAGAGAGAUGAAAGGAAAUUACCAUACAUCAGGAUCUUGUUAUUCAACCUAAUUUUCAAAGGGGCACAGCUGUCGCGCUGAGAUAAUCCGUUAAUUAUAACAGCCAUUGUGCUUUGGCAAUGGGAGAGAAACCGAGGCUGGGUACAGGCUUGAAGGCUGGGGGUGGGGAAUGGCCUUUGAGGGUACAGGACUUCAGAGAGGGGCCAGGGAGAGAGGCAGAAUGGGGUGCUGGGCUCUUGGGACCAGAGGGAAGAGCAGGUCAGGGACCAGGUCGAAGCCUCUGCAUGGCCACUGUCAGCAUGGAGGUGAUGAGGCCAAUUGCUUGCCAGUUGGUGCUGUGCUCCUGGAGCCAGUCUUUAGAACCCUCCAGAGCAGUUAACUUUAUUGAGCAGUUACUAUGUGCCAGACCCUGCUUCCUCUCUAGCUGUUCCCUACAGUGAGAGCCCUUCCUGUCUCAUUUCUUUUCAGAAGAGGAAACACCCAGGAAGGUAGCUUGACAGGGCCACUGAGUGAGGUAGCUGGCAGAGCCCCGUGUAGUCAGAGUAUGGCCCUGAACUUCCAGGAUAGCCCGAGAGACAGGUCUCACCGAGUGAGUAGACACAGGAGCGUCCAUGAUUUAAGGCACGUCAUCACCCAGUGGUCACGGGUGGCCCUCCCCCAGUGGCGUUUCCGGGGCCCUGGGUGUGGACAGAGCCUCCUUGUUCUCUGGGCUGCAGCUGCAGGCCCCCUGCGGCCUCCAAGGCAGCCUUCAGUCUGGCCCCCAAUCCCCGGAGCAUCUACCAUCAGGGCCAGGAGAGGGCGUUCCACACCAUCUCUGGUGGCACCCAUGCUGGCCUUUGUGACCACCUGCUUGGAGGUAGGAAAGAGACAGAGAGCUGCCUCAGACCUGAGGGGGGGGGAUUCUUAGCCCCAGCCUUGUGUGUGGGAAUGUCUCAGGGACCCUGGGUGUUGGGGGCCCGGGAGAGGCAGCCAGUCAUGGGAAGGAACCCCAAAGUCUGGCUGCCCAGGACCCCCCAGCCAUUUGGUCCGGACUUGUCUCAUGAUUCAGACUUAGACCUGAUGUCCAUGCAGCCUUGACCAGAAACUCAACUGAGGCCAGCUGGCAAGGUGGGGGUGGGACUUGGGGGUCUUAUUCCAAAAAUUCAGCUGGAAACCCCGGUGUGACCCAGAGACCCAGGUAGCACUGUGGAGGGCAGAUGAGAAGGAGAGGUCCUCAGAGGGGCAGCAGGUAUGGGAAGCUCUGAGAAUUCCCCUGCUAAAAGCCAAGGAGGGGCCCGGGCAGGGUUACUGUCCUGAAGAAGAGAUGAGUCCUAGCUCAGGCCCAGAUGUAGUGGACUGGCAGGAGCAAAAGAGCCAGAGAUACAGUCUAGAACUCCAGACUCAUUGGAGACUCCCAAAAUGACAGCCUCAUGCUGCUAAUGCCCUAGAGUUCAGAGACCCAGAGCCACUGUGGCACACUGUGAUGGUGUCGGGUUGGGAUGGAGGCCAGGGUGGAGUAUGUGGGCCAGGAGCCUGCUGGCGGGUCCCCAUGCACACUGCCGUAACUGCCUCCACUCCGAGAGCCCUUCUAUUGUUUACCUCACAAACUAUAGGGCCAAGGGGUCAGGGCAACAGCCAGGGAGGACAGAGCCUCAUGCUUUGCUGUACAGCAGGCAGGGCCACGGCUUACCUCAUUGUCCGCUGGUGCCACCGGGUUCCAGAAACAGGGAUGCUCUAAAGACGAAGGCUCCCGAGCUCUCCGCAUUGCCAGCUAGCUAAAAACAAAAUGUAAUUACUGUCCAGAUGAAGCAGGGUCCCCUGGCAGUGCAUGAGUCAGAGCCUGGGGCCGAGGAGGGGAAAGCUGCUCCACAGCAGCUGGAGACCUUGUGCCCGACUCUGCUUAGCAGGGAUCCGAGAUGCAUAGGCUCGGAGGCCUGCUUCCCAGCAUGAGUGAGCUUCUCAGCCGGGACCAGCUGCUGCCUUUUCUGCCCGUGUAUUCCCUCUGACAGGCCGGGCUGCCCCGGUGGGCUGCAUGCUCCAACCUGGGGACUCCGAUUCCCCGCAGGGGUCCCCUGACACACCGCCCUGCCUCGGGGUGACCCUCAAGAUAAUCAGGAUAAUCGGAAGGCAGGAGAAUGUUCACCUUUGGGACCCGGGAGGAGGGGCAGGCUGUGCAGGCAGAACCAAGAGGGUGGGCCUAGCCGGUGCCUGGUACAUAGUAGGUGUUCCAUAAAUGUUUAUUGAAUGAAUGAAUGGAGGCCAUGCAGGCAGAGGCAGCGUGCGCGCGCAGGCCCUGUGCAAGAGCGGGUCCAGUGGAGACCGGAACAGAUGGGCUUCUUCCUGUCUCCAUCUCACUCACCAUCCCUCAGCGUUGCACUCCUGGCUCCUGUGGGAACUGCCUGAAAUUCUGAGCCUGGAACCCAAGGGGAAGGAGGAGGAAAGGGAGGAAAAGGAAGAAGUCGAAAGCUUGAGAACCUGAAUACCUUUCCAGCGGGAGCCUGGAAUCACAACGCCCGGUGCCUGCUUGUGGCCCUUCAGAAGAGCAGGCGCCAGCUGUGUCUCACUGGCCCAGGAACCCCGUGCUGGAGAGCACCCCCAAGAUGGUGGCGGCUCCCAGGAGGACUGUGCCACCGGCCCCAGGUCCCUCUGGCUGCUAGGCCCCUCUGUGCUCCGGCCCUUGACGCCAGCUGGGCCUGUAAGGGGGCCGAAGCCCGGCCAUGCUGCGCCUGGGGCUGUGCGCGGCGGCGCUCCUGUGCGUGUGCCAGCCGGGAGCUGUGCACGCUGACUGCUGGCUCAUCGAGGGGGACAAGGGCUACGUGUGGCUGGCCAUCUGCAGCCAGAACCAGCCUCCCUACGAGACCAUCCCCCAGCACAUUAACAGCACCGUGCAUGACCUGAGGCUCAAUGAGAACAAGCUCAAGGCCGUGCUCUACUCCUCGCUCAAUCGCUUCGGGAACCUCACGGACCUCAACCUCACCAAGAACGAGAUCUCCUACAUCGAGGACGGUGCCUUCCUGGGCCAGACGAGCCUGCAGGUCCUGCAGCUGGGCUACAACCGCCUCAGCAACCUGACCGAGGGCAUGCUCCGAGGCAUGAGCCGGCUGCAGUUCCUCUUCGUCCAGCACAACCUCAUCGAGGUGGUGACGCCCACCGCCUUCUCCGAGUGCCCCAGCCUCAUCAGCAUCGACCUGUCCUCCAACCGCCUCAGCCGCCUCGACGGCGCCACCUUCGCCAGCCUGGCCAGCCUGAUGGUGUGCGAGCUGGCCGGCAACCCCUUCAACUGUGAGUGUGACCUCUUCGGCUUCCUCGCCUGGCUCGUGGUCUUCAACAACGUCACCAAGAACUACGACCGCCUGCAGUGCGAGUCGCCCAGGGAGUUCGCCGGGUACCCGCUGCUCGUGCCCCGGCCUUACCACAGCCUCAACGCCAUCACCGUCCUGCAGGCCAAGUGCCGCAACGGUUCGAUGCCCGCCCGGCCCGUGAGCCACCCCACCCCCUAUUCCACCGACGCCCAGAGGGAACCUGACGAGAACUCGGGCUUCAAUCCCGACGAGAUUCUCUCGGUGGAGCCGCCAGCCUCCUCCACCACGGAUGCCACGGCGGGGCCGGCCAUCAAGCUGCACCAGGUCGCCUUCACCUCGGCCACCUUGAUCGUCAUCAUCCCGCACCCUUACAGCAAAAUGUACGUCCUGGUACAGUACAACAACAGCUACAUCUCCGACGUCAUGACGCUCAAGAACAAGAAGGAGAUCGUGACGCUGGACAGGCUGCGAGCCCACACUGAGUACACCUUCUGCAUCGCGUCCCUGCGCAACAACCGCCGCUUCAACCACACCUGCCUGACCUUCACCACUCGGGACCCUGUGCCCGGGGAAAUGGCCCCCAGCACCUCCACCACCACGCACUACAUCAUGACCAUCCUGGGCUGCCUGUUUGGCAUGGUCAUCGUGCUGGGGGCCGUCUACUACUGCCUGCGCAAGAGGCGUGUGCAGGAGGAGCAGAAGAAGUCCGUCAACGUCAAGAAGACCAUCUUGGAGAUGCGCUACGGCGCCGACGUGGAGGCCGGGUCCAUCGUGCAUGCCGCGGCGCAGAAGCUCGGCGAGCCGCCCGUGCUCCCCGUGGCCCGCAUGUCCUCCAUCCCCUCCAUCAUCGGGGAGAAGCUGCCCGCUGCCAAGGGACUGGAGGCUGGCCUCGAGACACCCAAGGUGGCUACCAAAGGCAACUAUAUUGAGGUGCGCACGGGGGCUGCUACGGGGGACGGCCUGGCCCGGCCGGAGGACGAGCUCCCGGACAUCGAGAACGGCCAGGGCUCAGCCGCCGAGAUCUCUACCAUUGCCAAGGAGGUGGACAAGGUCAACCAGAUCAUUAACAACUGCAUCGAUGCCCUCAAGCUGGACUCGGCCUCCUUCCUGGGGGGUGGCAGCGGCGGCGGCGGGGACUCCGACCUGGCCUUCGAGUGCCAGUCUCUUCCUGCGGCUCCUGCCGCCUCCACGGCUGCCCCUCCCGGGGCGCUGGAGCGGCCCAGCUUCCUGUCGCCCCCCUACAAGGAGAGCUCCCACCACCCGCUGCAGCGCCAGCUGAGCGCCGACGCCGCGGUGAGCCGCAAGACUUGCAGCGUGUCGUCCAGCGGCUCCAUCAAAAGCGCCAAGGUCUUCAGCCUGGACGUGCCGGACCACCCGACCCCCACGGGACUGGCCAAGGGCGACUCCAAGUACAUUGAGAAAGGCAGUCCCCUCAACAGCCCGCUCGACCGGCUUCCCCUGGUGCCCACGGGCAGCAGCGGUAGCAGCGGUGGGGGGGGCGGCAUUCACCACCUGGAGGUGAAGCCGGCCUACCACUGCAGCGAGCACCGGCACAGCUUCCCAGCUCUCUAUUACGAGGAGGGCACCGACAGCCUGAGCCAGCGCGUGUCCUUCCUUAAGCCACUGACCCGCUCCAAGCGUGACUCCACCUAUUCGCAGCUCUCCCCCAGACAUUACUACUCCGGGUACUCGUCCAGCCCUGAGUACUCGUCCGAGAGCACACAUAAGAUCUGGGAGCGCUUCCGGCCCUACAAGAAGCACCAUCGUGAGGAGAUGUACAUGGCUGCUGGCCAUGCCCUGCGCAAGAAGGUCCAGUUUGCCAAGGAUGAGGACCUGCAUGACAUCCUUGAUUACUGGAAGGGGGUCUCAGCCCAGCAGAAGCUGUGACCCUUUUCUCCCCCACCGGUGAGGUGACGGGGAGGGCAGGGGCACUCGGGGGGGGGAGGUCCCCCCCCUCAGGGUGGCUGGGAGGCGGGGAACAAGGCCAAGGGGCCCAGGCUGAGGGUCCUGGGGCCUAGGAGUGGACGCACAUGCACACCGGCACGCACGCACCCACACACACACUUGACCACCACCUGACUGUGAAGCAA